AUGCUGAAUUAUAACUCUGAAAUCCAUAUUGUUAUCGAAAGUGUGUACAUUUCAGCAAGUCGACUGCUGCCAACGAUGUUGAAGGACAUCGCUCAGGAUUCGAACGAAUCGCAGGACGAAACAAUCAAAGCGAUUGUUUCGUACAGUUCUUAUCCAAAGAAUGUCUGUCCGACUACAUGUGCUGUCUGCGGUGAUUCGGCCUCUGGAUAUCACUAUGAGGUUCCAUCGUGCAAUGGCUGCAAAACGUUCUUUCGGCGAACAGUGUUGGCUCAGCGCAAAUAUGAAUGUAAAAAAGGAGGAAAAUGUUUUGCAUCAUUGCCGAAAGAUAGACGGUGCAGCUGUCGCGCAUGCCGAUUUCAGCAAUGCGUUGCUGUUGGAAUGAAUCCUCUAGCUAUACAGCUAGUUGGAGAUGCCCGUGAUAAUCACAUGCUGCAGGAAAUUAUCAGCAAAAGAAAAUAUGUAGAUAAUCAGGAGCCUGGUACCUCAAAGGAGUCGAAGUCACCGCUUCCACGCUCUCUGUACGUAGUUGAGAAUGCUAUGGAUCGUUUGAUAGAAGAACUUGUCUACGUGGAGAUAAAGACUGAAAAAUUUCGUAAAUCCGCAUACAAUCCGCAUCCGAAGACAGUGCCACGUCUUGAGCAGUUGAUCACUUCAGCCAGUAUGUUGAGCGUGGGCGAGAGAUUGGGGCCAAUGCCGAAUUGGCCGUUACCAAAUCGCGUACCGACACUUGAAGAGAUAGAAAAAGUCCGAGCAGGAGAUCUAACUCCAUUACGUUCACUGGAGCCCGAGAGAAAAAAUUGGUUCCUCUUUGACAUUAUGAGCUCAAUAGAGUGGGCGAAGACAUUCUCCGUUUUCCAUAAGUUGAAUCGUCAGGAUCAGAUUGUUCUCAUGAAAGCGGUAGUUCUGAUGUGUUUCAACGUCACUCAAGCAUUUUUCUCCUAUGAGCAGAAAUCCUCUACCGUAAUCCAUCCAGACGGGACUACGCCACCCGUCUUACCGAGCAUGUUCAUAUUGAACAACCCUAUGAGAGAGAAUUUUUUCAAAGUUUGUAUUGGUGCGCUAAUGCGGAAUAAAAUAGACAAAAAGGAGUACGUGCUUCUGAAAGCGCUCAUACUCUGCAAUGCCACGGUGGAAGGCUUAUCCCCAGAAGGACAACAAAUCCUAGCUGCAGAACGUGAUCGUUACAACAGUGCUUUGUUUUCUUAUUGUAUGGCAGCCAGAGGAAAGUCAGGAGCUCCGUCACAAUAUGCGGCUUUGCUAUCCGUUAUCGAUAUACUCCAUUAUCAAACAAAGAUUCAGAAGGAUUUCCAUGUUAUAGUGGCAAUGAGCCGCCCGUCAUGUUUGAAAGUGAAGUUGGUUGAAGAGAUCAUGGAAUAAGAAUGUAUAAAUCUCAAGAGUACAUUAUUUAUUGAACUCAUGUAUUACGAUGAAAUAAAUGUGAAUAUUUGGA